UGACAACAGAGAUACGGCACUGGGAACAUCGGAGCGAGCGAAAAAGACCGGCGGCGCCGCGAUCUACGUGGAAUUCGUCAGGGUGCUCGAGCAGAAGUCACCGACACGAGGAGAGAGAGAGAGAAAGAGAGAGACGACUUUCCUUUCUGUGUACCCUGUUUCCGCCACCAUCGGAGCCGAAUCCUGUGCUUCCCUUUCCACCUCGCGUUCUCCUUUGCCCUCUUCGUCACGCGGUUUCUCUUCGUGAUAGUUGCCUCGCCUCUUCGGCUUCGCCCUUCUCGUGUACCACCUCCGCCUCUUUCCUUCUCCUCCUCCAACAUUGCAGCUCGCCGAGAGCGUACAAUCGCGAUCGCCUGGCCAGCCAGCCAGCCAGCCAGCCUGCCAGCCAGCCAGCCAGCCAGCUAGCCUGUCAGCUUGGGUUCCGGCCGAUUGGGACACGUUUCUAGUAGCGGAGUACGCGGUAGCGGUGCGCGAUCCGUCGAUCUCGGCGAUUCCAUCGAUCUCUCGUGAAAAGUGUUUUGUGCCAGCCCCGGGAUCGUGUUUCUUUGGUGAACUCCAGUGCUCCGACCUUUUUCGAGAUGACCAGGUGAAUGCGCGAAGCGGGACCAGCCGCUCUCGCUGGUUCGAACAGGGUCCCGAAGAUUAGUCUCCGUUCCGUGCACCUCGCGAAAAUUUUCGUAGAAAGUGACGACUAUGACUCGUGGUGUAUCCAAGAACUAUAGUGUAAAAUUCGAGGUGUAACUUCCGGGCGUUUGGGAUGUCACCGUCGACUUGAUUGAAUUCGUUCGCCUCUGGACUAUAAAAAGUUCAUCGUAUGAUCGUACGCAUUCUAUUCGAUCAGUACAGACAGUCGAACGCCAAGAAUCGUUUCUACUCGUUCCAUGCGUGAGAAACGACAGAAUUCAUCGGAUUCUCCGAUAAGUUGGAUCACGGCCGUCGCGUUCGGUCGAUGCGCGGCAACCAACGAGCCGACCGCGAGAAUCCAUCGAAGCGUUUAGGCGUUUCCGCAGAACGCGUCUUGGAGACGUUGAUCCACGCGGGCGAGAAGGUCGCGAGCGUGAAGACGAGGCCGACGACACCCGUCCUGGCGAACGACGGAGGGGGUGGCUUCUGGCUGGCCACGGUGGCCGCGGGGGCAGGCGCCCCGGCCGGGCUGCCCCCGCACGGGACCCAUCAUCCAGCCAUGGACCCGACUUGCGGCACCGCGGAGACCGGCUUCAUCAACAGCCAACCGUCUAUGGCCGAGUUUAUGACCGCGUUACCGCAACUCACCGGCGACGCGAGUCUUCAACACUCGCCGGGAACCGGAGGAUCCAUCAGCCCCGGGUCUCAUCAUCCCGGGUACCACGCGAUGAUGGACCCUCACGGAGUCCCGGAUCCAUCCGUGAACGUACCCGAAUACCCGUGGAUGAAGGAGAAGAAGACUACAAGGAAGAGCAAUCAACAAGAGAACGGCUUGCCGAGAAGAUUGCGCACGGCCUACACGAACACGCAGCUGCUCGAGCUGGAGAAGGAGUUCCACUUCAACAAGUACCUGUGCAGACCGAGAAGAAUCGAGAUCGCCGCGUCCCUGGACCUGACUGAGAGGCAGGUCAAAGUCUGGUUUCAAAACCGGCGAAUGAAACAUAAAAGACAAACCCUGAGUAAGGAGGACGGCGACGAGAAGGAUGGUUCCGCGUCCGACGGGAUGGAGAAGACGAAGGGCGAGAAGAUGAGGGCGAUCGACAGCGACGAAAAGAAGAGCUGUCACAACUGUGAUAUAUCCGGCGUCGGAGACGUCGGCAGCACGUUAUCCGGCGACGCGAGCGAGCUCGCUACUUCCGGUCAUCGGAGCGGCAAUAACAACAACAAUACGCCCUCGGCGACGAACAACAACAGCAGCAACAACGGGAAUCCGGCUUUCAACGCGAACAGUAACGGGGCCAGUAGCGUGGGUAGCACGAACAGCGUUUCGAGCUCGUUCGAGAAGAUGAUAGCCGACGACGAUUCGAGGUCUCAGGACGGGAGCGAGGUGACGUCGCCGAGCGUGGCUACCAAAAAGAUCGUCGGCGACGUCAGGAUCAAAGUGGAAAGCGGUCGCAAGAGUCCGAACCCUGGGAAACAGCAGAUAUCGGUGAGCAAAAAGUCUCCGUCGGCUAACACCAAGGAACUUUGCUCGGUGAACAGCAACGGGGUGCUAUUGGCGAUGCCGGAUUCAACGGUGAGCACGCCCGUGCUACCCGGUCAGAACUCCGCGAGAAGCCUGACGCCUUCGUCUACUCCCGGGACUCCGGUACAAUUGCAACAGGGAAGUCCAUUGGGUAUUCAAGCCGCGCACGCCGCGUAUAUGCAGAAACCGAGGAGUUCGCCUUCGUCGACGAGCUCCGUGGCCGCUGCCGCCGCAGCUCCUAUGCUGCACGGGUCGACGAACGCCGGGACCAUGCCUCCUCACGGCGCGAGGAACAUCGGUAACGGCCAGACGCAUUUUCCACAACAGAACGUCUAUCAACCCGCGUCGGCCAUCGAUUACAGAAACGGAGUAGUGGCCAAUAGACAAAACGUUCCAGCGGUCGCGCAACAGACCCAAUCUCAGGGCAACUAUUGUUCCAGAGACACCUAUCAACAACCUAGGAUUUCGUAUCCGGGCGAAGUUCACCCGCUCUACGCUAGACAAAAUCAAGCGAUAGGGUCCAGAGUGGGUCACCAUGUUCGUUCGGCGACGAGCGCCACAUCCAGAACGAUGUACAACGCCGCUGGCAUGCAGUUCCAUCAACAACAAAGUCAGUACGCCAAUACCGGGGGAGAGUACAACGGCUAUCCACAAGCAGGUACGCCUUACCACGCGUCUUAUCACCACCGGUCGGUGCAAGGAGGCAAUCCUUACGGCGCCAAUCAAGGCUAUUCGGGCGGUCAACACGAGCAGACCGCCGAGAAUUACAUGACGCCGGGCAACUACGGUUACCCCAACAGCGGCAGUGGGUAUCACUCCACCGGCGAGAAUUUGGUUUCUCACGGGCACGCCGCCGUGUCGGUGCAGACCGGUCAACACUAUUACACCGAUAUCCAACAGCAACAGCAGCAGCAACAGCAACAGCAGCAGCAACAUCAACAGCAACACACGGCCGAGGGCUACGCGACGCACCAACCACCCAUGCACCCGAGUUCCGGCGACUAUAGGACCGGCGCCAAGUGUCAUCCCAACGCGGCCUACUACGAGCAGACGAGUCAGUUGCAGCACGUGCAUCAAGGUGGAGAGGCAUCGAACAUUCCGAACAGCUACGUCUCCUCGCCCGAUCCUUUUCCGGCGCCCGGGAUGACCACGACCGCGACGGCGAUCGCUGCCGCUACCGCGGCCGUCAUCACGCCCCCGGGAACCGCGUCUCAAGCAGACGGCACCGCGGAAUCGUACAAUUACGGCAAUUUUUACGCGGAACCGGUUCACACUUCCGCUCCGCCGCCCUCGGCGGAUAACAGCAACAGCUCGUCAGAUUUUAACUUCCUGACGAACCUGGCAAACGACUUCGCGCCGGAAUAUUAUCAACUCAGCUGAGUCCACGAGACGGAGAACCCUUGUCAAUUGGAUUGGAGCGACGAACAGUGCCUGCUGAACGCGUUGUACUGAUUCGGGUGCUUCCGAUGAGCGAGAGUCCGACGUUCGAAAGAAGAGCAUUCUUAAUGCGGCAAACGAUCGCAAAGCGACGAGUGAUCUUUGCGAUGAUCGCGGUUAUGAAGUAACUUCCCUGUGACCGACCGAAACGAUCGACGAAUUGCGACGAAACGAACAUCGUUUACGGUGAACACAGAAGUAUUUAGAUCGCGAACAAUGCCCGAAGACUGAUUUUUGCCGAAUAAGUAGAAGGAAUUACCAGGAACGAUACGCAAUCAAAGACGAAGUAAGACUGGAAAAAAUAGUACGAAGAAUUGCUGAAAAGCGAUCGUCCAAUCAUCGCGGGAAUAGAUCUCGUUGAAAACCAUUUCGAGUGCGAGAAGGUCGUCCGUUGCAUAGAUUCAAAUCGAAGUUUCCGCGAGACGAACGUGUUAAUUCGGAAUGGACGAGGAGAAACUAUGAAUAAGCUUGUACACCGAGGAACAUCGUUGGGAUGUUUAAAACAUAGUUUGGCUAGGAAUGAUCUUCGCGUCGGCCGUCGCAAUCAUCUCCGUCCGUAACUAAACGAUUGCUUCGCCAGGUCGCCAUCACCGAAGGGCGAACGACGCGACGGAAGUUCGCCGAAUCGGCCGACGAGCGAUCGUCAACGGUGCGACUCGCGAACUCGACGCGGCGGAGCGUCGUGUGUAAAUAAAUUAGGGAAUAACUAAAGUUAGAACGGAACGAAGAGGUGCAAGUGCAAUCUUUUUAACGGAAGGACAAUUUGUAUAGGGCGCAGUUACUCGAAUUUCGUGGGUGAUCGGAGUUCGCAAGUGCUUCGGGCGUGAUCGUUACCGUAUCGCUUCGAUAACGACGCAAAUACCUUGUUUGGGAAUUUGCGCGAAGGCCGGCGAACGACGAGCAAUAAUUCUUAGUGAAAUAACGUGUACAUAAAAAUUCUAGUGCGAUAAAGAAAGACGAAGGAAAGUGUGCCGAGGACGAAAGGAGUCGCGUAAAAAAUAACGCAAGGAAAGUGCGCUCGUAACUAGGAGAACAUUGUUAGAAGUUCGUUUCGACGUUGCUCCGAUAAUUUUUUCUGAAACCUGGAAGAGACUGAACGAUCCGUCGAACGUCAAAGUUUUAAUUUCGUUUGUUAACUUUUUGUUGCCUCGCGUUUAAAUCUGAAAGCGAAAGAAUAACGCCUAUGAAUUUUUAAAUGACAGAAUAUAAAGCGAAUGGUUAAAGUGGCUCGCGUCGUCCAAUGAAACAAUAGUUAAGACGUUUACGAGACAGACCGAUAGGCGAGCGACAAAAAUGAUUCUUACAGGUUCCGUUGUCGAUAGCUAUUCUCUUUAUCGCGAAACGCACUUUGCUAGGAAAUACGAUUUUGGUAUAAUUAAAUCUGGAUUCUCAUACCGCCGACGUUCGACGGUCGAUGGUACGCGAAUAUUUUUUUCGAUCAUAGACGCUGUCGAUUCUCAGCUGAACGGCACGACACGGCGGGAAAUAUUUAAUAGUGAGCCAGUGAUCGUAUCUGGUUUGUAUAAAGUAAACUGAUAAAAAUGUCAUUUAGAACAGAGUCGCGAGUCGUUUACAUACGAAAACUUCUUUGUACAUAACGCGCUUACGAUAAUCGUACACACGGAUACACCUGUAAACGCGUACACGUAGAUACACCCGAGAACACGCAUUUAUUCGAUUCUCCAACUCCAUCGUCGAUCGGAGACGAGCUUCUCAGCUCCGAUCCGCGAGAGAACAGAGAACGAACGUAAUCGCGAUAAAGGAUGACGAUCGUAGCGUAAAAUCGUUCACGCAAUCGCAAAUACAAUUACCGAACUGUCUCUUUCUGUUUCUUCACCCUCCUGAUGUUCUGACAGUUCGCCUUUUUCGUUCAACGCUCAUCCACGAAUCAUGCGAUAAAACCGAUCGUAAGUGGACAUGGAAAUGGAUGAUAAUAAAAGAUAUCAUU